AUGAAUCAGCAAGGCAUAGACCCACCGCCGACGUCCAUGGCUGGCCCCAAACCGUCCCUGCCUAUCGCGCGCUCAGCUGGCACCCCUUACGAACGACCAGAACGUGCCAGAACUAGUCACGCCUGCGAGCCGUGUCGAGAGCGCAAGACCAAAUGCGACGGCGAACGGCCAUCGUGUCGUCGCUGCCUUCAUACUGGCACUGGAUGUCAUUAUGGCUACGGUAAAGGGUGGAGAAAGCGAAAGACUGCUGAAGAUCUCACGGCGACGUCACGGCGACUGGCUCGAUAUGAGGCGCUUCUGAACGACAUCAUGCCGCAUGUCCCUCCUAAUGUCAAAGCCAUGAUCGAGGAGGCUCGCGAACAGGACGCAGCUGCUUCCUCCGGAGGUUCAGAGACCAACGAGCCAAUGGACACGCCCCGACAUAUGCCACCUCUCAGCGCUGAUGCAUCAACGAGCAGCGGAGGUACUCCUCGCGUGUCCUUACCACUUCCUGUGCCAACUUCUCUUGGAGGUCAAGGUCCAGCUCCUCUCCCACCACCUCUCGCAAGGCCUUUCGAAUCCAUGUCGCCAUCCCACACAGCCAGUGGUCCAAUGCGACCUAAUUCUGCCUCGACCGACGACAAUCCUCUUAUGCGGCUGCCCUCAAUCACACCUCAUGGUCUCUUAGUUGAAGCCGGCGGCGACGGUCCUUCCAUGUUACCACAGAUGAAAGCCGAAACUUCGCACUAUCCACCGCCUCCAGAUUCAGGAGAUUCCCCGCUGAUCACGAAUAAGGGCCUGACGGCGUUGUAG